UACCUGUUUCUAAAGUUUGUUUCAAUCUGGAGCAUUGGAUGGUGCCAGGAUACUUUUUUUCCUAAUGAAACCUCAUUAAUAGAUUCCAUGGUAGCAGACCUGAUGAAAUGCAAAAACAUACCAGGAUUGGGAAUAUCGAUGGUACGUGGUAGUAAAACUUAUACCAAGGGGUACGGUAAGGCCCGACUGGACCCGAGUGUCAGUUUUACGGACACAACGCCUAUAUAUGUCGUCUCCCUUGGAAAAGCCUUCACAGCGGCGUUAUUAGGAGUACUGAUCACUGAGGCACGGGAAUCCCAGAGUCAGUCUGUUGGGCGAGACUGGAAUACAAAACUGUCUGCUGUAUUCAAAGAGGACUUCAAACUGCCGGAUAAAUUUCUUCAGUCCGAAUUGACAAUCAAGGACCUACUGAGUCAACGCACGGGGUUUAGUCCUGCGGAUGUAUACACGGGGGUACCGAAAAUAGGCCGGGGUGAAUUUGUAAAGAGAUUAAAGUAUUUACCAAAGAGCGCUUCUUUUCGGGAUACAUGGAUCUUCAAUGACCUUCUGUACGCGAUAGCUGGUCACGUGGCGGAAGUGUGGACUGGCAGAGAAUAUGAAAAACUAGUUGACGAGAAACUUCUGCGGGCUCUUGGAAUGUCUCAGGCUGUUUGUGGGACCAAUAUUUAUCCAAACAGUUCUCAAUCGGAGUACGCACUCCCAUAUCAUUCCGCCGGGGAAGGAGUGCGACCAGGAAAUCAAGAUAUAUACCAAAUAGGAGAUGUUGGACCGGCCGGAUGUAUCUCUGCGUCACCUUUAGAUUUAGCGAAGUGGAUUCGAUUCAUGGCUUCUGGAGGCAAAACAGUGGAAGGACAUCAAUUAAUUCAUCCAGAUGUUUUCAAGGAAAUCAUUGAACCACAAAUGUUAUUGGAUGCUUCAUCCAGAAGUCGAUUCCGUCUUGACGAGGAUUUCCCUGUUCAGGCCUCCGGGACCUGGUACGGUUACGGGUGGUAUGGCGGGUCAUAUAGAGGGUUUAAAAAGCUGCUUCAUCCAGGAACCUGGUACGGCUAUUCCGCUGUAGCUGGAUUCUUCCCUGAUCAGAAUGCUGGAUUUGUCAUAUCUGUAAAUGGGCCCUGGUACAUGGAUUAUACACACUCUCUCGCACCGUUAACGUAUGUACUCUCAGACAUUCUUCUGGGUGAAAAACCGUGGCUAGACAACACCACCAUGUGCAGUUUCCCCUCUCCAUGGAAAUCCACAGGAACAUCUGCUACAAACAACAACACAGUGUCCACCCAGGCAAGCCGUUUGGACAUGAGUCAGUUUACUGGUGACUACGGUCAUCGAAUCUUUGGAACUUUGAAAAUCCGAGAGAUAGAAUCUCAAAAACUGUCCUUCAAAAUGAAUACUGCUGGGAUUGGUAAUCUCACACUUUUGUCUGAUGACGUAGCAAAAUUCCGAAUGACGUUCAACGAGCUGUUGAAUGACGUGGCAGAGAGCACGUGCAGUCUGCAGUUCUACACUAAAUCAGAGGGAAAGUAUCAGAAGGUCACGAUCACCUGCUUUUAUUCAACUUUCGAAUACCAAAGAGGAGUUAAUUUUCUGAACCCCGAGCCCGACACUAAUGCAACAGCAAAGCUUAUUCAAACCUGGCCCCAUCUUCUCCUUUGUUUUAUAUACGUUUUAUAUAUUCAGUGA